AUGGCAGCUUCAGUGGCCUCAUCCCAACAGAGCUUUCUUGCCAACGCUCUCACACCACCAACCCACAAACCCAAAACCAAGAUUCUCACUUCUGCUGCUAACACUACCCUCUCGUGCAAAAGAAGCUACUCAUCAACAGAUGACCACAAAGGCUGUUCCAGCGAUGAUGGAUUGCUUAGAAAGAAUGAGAACAAAUUGGCGAAGUUGGCAAUGGUGACACUGGCAGCUGGGGUGUUGACAUUGGGCCCAGUUCAUGAUGCAUCAGCUGCCAAGACUGGUGGUAGAAUCGGGGGCCAGGCCUUCCGGCCUUCGGCUCCUCCUCGGUCUUCAUCCCCUAGGAUCAACAAUAAUUCAAGGACCAAUAUUUAUAUCAAUCCUCCAGUAGCCCCGCCUUUAGUUGGUGGUUAUGGAUACGGUUAUGGAGUACCAUUCUUUGGAGGCUGGGGUUGGUCACCAUUUUCAUUUUUCGCCCCAGGUCCUAGUGUUGCUGUCAGCAUUGGUGGUGGUUUCCAACUCUUAUUUUUCUUUGCGUUUCUUGGUGCUGUUGCUGCUGUUGCAAGGAGAUUCACUGGAUCAAGAGACGAAGAAGAAGAUGAUGAUUACUAUUAA